CUUCUUGAAUCACGUGACCGACAUCGCAAUUACUGGAACAAAACAUUUCCUCCCCUUAAAGAACCUCUCCUUGACAUAACGAUGUAACACCCUGAAUUUUUGUAUGCACCCCCGCCCUCACAAAUAGCAUCUUUCAUGUCUGGACUUUCAAGCCUGAAAUUUUUAAUGCUGCUGUUUCAAUCGUGAAGACAUGUUCUCUUCCAUAGUGUGCAUAAUAUGUGCGUUUUGCUUGGUGUUUGACGUCAGUGCGAUUCUUGUCGGUAAACUCCGGCUACAGGAAGAACCAGCUUCAAAUACUGUGCGGACAUCACGAUUUUUGUACCCAAGAGUAGAUGAGCCACCCUGCAAAACAGAUGAUGGUAUGCUGGGACGUUGCGUUGACGUUCGUAUAUGUUAUGCAGCAAGAAUGGCCAUCAGUACAGGAAAUCAUCCAAUAAGGUGUGGUUGGUUGAAUAACUUUAUUCCAAUGGUGUGCUGUCAUCCCGAUCAGGUGCAGCAUCCCAAACUUGUGUUCAGACCUUAUAGAUGGAGAGACUUGGAUGAUUGAUGUGACACAUGUAUAUAUACCACUUUGCCAACAAUGAAAUGUCGAAUAUGUGCUUAAUAACUUGCUGUUUGUUUUUAAUUCAAUAAAAUUCUUUUAAUUUAUUAUAAAA